AACAACCCCGUCAAGAAAACCGUUGGACAGUUUGACGAGAGAAGAGAGACGUUAUUUGCAUUUGCUCGCGCUUUUAUUGUCGUCAGCGCUGUGUAUUUAGAGUCGGUGCUUUCAUUUAAGUUUGAAAGUCCUGACCCUCCAGGUCUGAGAGGCAAUACUCGACUUUUGUUGUGAAAGACCAAACAGGAAGUGUUGUCGUCGUCGUCACUACUGUGUCAGUCAGUGUCGGUACUCGGCCCCAGGUAACGGCUCCCGUGGUGAAGGCAGGAACCCAGACGGGAUUAUCAGCGGCAGACACCUGAGCCCCGUACCCGCCUCCAGGUCACCUGCAGCGGGCGGAGCGCCGCGACGGUUCCACCUGCGGACCGACGUGAGGAGAGAGAGCGGCAUCUUUAUACGGCUGCAGCGUCGUCCAUCUUCACAGCUCCAUCCGCAUGAGGAGGUGUUGGAGAGUAACUGAAGUGUGGAGGUCACCCAGCACCAUGGACUACCACAGCGAGUGCUGCUUCUGCGAUGCAGAUGAUAUUCACGGCGGUCCAGAUGAGCCGCCACUUCACAGCGUCCACGCGCCCAACCGCAUCCGACCGUCCUCGUACCGAGCCCUGAGGAGCGCCGUGUCCAGCCUGGCCCGUAUCGACGACUUCUUCUGCGAGAAGAUUGGUUCGGGCUUCUUCUCAGAGGUCUUCAAGGUGCAGCAUCGGAUCACCGGGCAGGUGAUGGCGCUGAAGAUGAACAAGCUGGCGAGCAACAAGGCGAACAUGCUACGAGAGGUUCAGCUCCUGAACAGACUCUGCCACCCCAACAUUCUCAGGUUUCUUGGGGUUUGUGUACAUGAAGGUCAACUCCACGCUCUGACUGAGUAUAUAAAUGGAGGAAACCUGGAGCAGCUGCUGGACAGCGACCUGUACCUGUCGUGGGGCGUCAGGAUCCGUCUGUCUCUGGACAUCGCCCGAGGGCUGCAGUACCUGCACAGCAAGGGCGUCUUCCACAGAGACCUCACCUCCAAGAACUGUCUGGUUCGCUGCGAUAACGGCACGUUCACCGCCGUCGUCGGAGACUUCGGCCUGGCAGAGAAAAUCCCAGAUUACAGCGAUGGUUUGCUGAAGCAGCCUCUGGCCGUCGUGGGUUCUCCGUACUGGAUGGCGCCCGAGGUUCUGAGGGGAGAACUGUACGACGAGAAGGUGGACGUGUUUGCGUACGGUAUCAUCCUCUGUGAGAUCAUCGCCCGCAUUGAAGCCGAUCCUGACUUCUUACCCAGGACUGAGGACUUUGGUCUGGAUGUGGAUGCGUUCGAGAACAUGGUUGGAGAUUGUCCUCCUGAAUUCUUCAGCCUCGCUUUCACCUGCUGUAAUAUGAGUGCCGUGCGGCGUCCCACCUUCACUGACAUCGUCCUCACACUGGAGAGCAUGGAGACGGGAGAAGAGCCGCCGUCAAAGUCCAUUGCAUUGGAUCCGGUGUCAGCAGACGUCAGUCCGUACCGGCGCCGUAGUUCUCCCUGUCGCCUCGGCGACUCCAGCCAGCAACAACUUGGCCUGGCAAGGAGCCAGUCAGACAUGUUGCCCCCGGCAAUGCUGACCCCUCCCCUGCUGGGGACGCCUGCAAGGGUCAACCCCUUCUCUCUGAGGCAGGACCUGAACGGGGGGCGGUGCAAACUCCUGGACACGCCCAGCAAGUCGGUCAUCUCCCUGACCUUCACGCUCCCUGCCCCACGUGACCCGUGCUCCUCCCCACACCUGCUCAGAGGGACGCAGGGGAUUCGAGCUCUGCACAGGAGGUGCCAGUCGCUCCCCUGCACCCCCGAGCUCGGCCGGACGAUGGCCUCACCGCCAAGAGACACAGAGACGAGGGAGGACGAGGACUUCAGAGUGGUGGGGAACGUGGAGGUGUUUGAGAAGGAGCAUGAAAGGUUUCUAGAAGAAAAUGUGGACAUAACUGAGAGGAGAAGGUUGUUAAAGGAGGAGGAUUCAGGACUUCCUGUUGAGUUAGACCUGGUUUCUCUGGAGCGCCUGGAGGAGGAAGAGGAGAACAUACGUCUAACAGAACCCAUGGACUGCACCAAGUCUCCAGAGGCAGCAGAGGGAAACGUGGACUCCACACCUGGAAGACCUCUGUCCACCUCCUCCUCUUUACGGACCAAUGGUUGGCAACUUCCUGUCUCCAAUGGACCGCCCUUCUUUCCCCCGCUACUGCGAGUGGACAACAACAACGGUUCAGGGCUUGUAAUUGGACAGCAGGUGCAGCGGGGCGUGGGCGGCCGGGGUAACGGUUACAGUGGCGCCCAGUUCCUGUCCUCUGACCCCAGUGGUGGACCCGCAGAGCAGGAUGAUGUCAUUUCCUGUCCGGGCUGCUGCCUGCUGGGUCUGAGUUUCCCCUCGAUGUGCCUCCGCGGUUCAGCCGCCGUGCCCACCCCGCUACGGAGGGCCUCGUUACCGCGGCAGCGGCCCUACCGCAACCUCAACGGCACCAUCACCGGUGGUGGCGCUCUGUCGUCGACAGCCGCUUCCACGGCAACCAAAGCUCUGCUGUGCCGCGGCACAAACGGUCUCGUGGUAGACGGGUCCUCGGUGCCGCGAGAGCCGGGCCGCUCCCUCCCUGAGGCGCAGACUUGAGCGAAGAACAAGAGAUUUUUGGUUCUGAAUGUGUGACCAACACGAGGUUAGAGUGCCACCUGGUGGACCGGAGGAUUGAAAGACAGCACAUCGCUGUCAUGGUGAAGAAAAGUAGAGAGCAAACAGCUGAUCAAACAGCUGAUCCAGACAGAACAUGUGGUUUGAUUUACUGCAGCUGAAAAAAAGAGCAACUUUCUCCUUGUUGACCCAAACCCAAGAGUUCCCUCUGUGCUGGCUUCAAGUUUGUCCGCCAUCGUGGAAUAAUAGUGCAUGGCUCAUUCAGUUAGAUGAAAAGGAUUCGAGACACAGGGUUUUUUGAAUGAGGUUGUAUGAGGAACAGACACAUAUUCAUUACACCGCUGUCGAGAUUGUGAAAAUGAACUUUUAUUCAUCUUUACUUGAAUGUUUCUCAACUUAAAAUGUGUGAAUUUUAAUGAGCUCCUCCCGCUGCACCAAAGUCCAUUGAGAAAAUCAGCGAUUUUACAUCACAGCACACAGGAGCAGUUGAUCGACUGUUGCCCCAAUCACUACGUUCAAAUUUAAUUUUUUUUACUCAGAGGUUUAAAAUCCUUUAUUUGGAUUCACCUAAGUGACACAAAGUUACCAAACAAGGCAGCAGUAGACCAGCGGCUCCUGUGUGGCUGCGAGCUGAAAACACAGAUUUUCUCUAUGGACUUUGGUGCAGCAGGAGGCGAGUCCUCAAAUCCACAUAUUUAUUAUAAUAUUAUAAUAUUUAGUUUAUGGUUAAAUUAAAGUUGAAUUGUCACGUUGUCACAAUCUCAACAUCAAAUAUUUUUCAUGAUGGCAACACUCCACGGCCAAAAUGGGAGAAAAAAAAACGUGAAGCUAUAAUCUGCUAAAAACUUCUUCUCGGCUCAGGAAGUCAGCGCCUCAUACGACCGCCCUUCAAAAAACAUUAACUAUCCCUUUAUUAUAUACCUCCUAUGUAUUGAAAACUUGGGUCUUAUUUUUGUCGUCAUGUUGGGAGCGUUACACCCACCAAGAUAAAGAUUAAGCUGAGAUCUGUAACCAUGGUAACUUAAAAACUAAUGUUUCUUAAAGGAACAGUGUGUGACAUUUAGGAGGGUUUAUUGGCAGAAAUGUAACACACUACUCGUAAGGAUAUUUGUUUCCGUGUGUAAUCGCUUUAGGAUAUCAGUGAUUUGGUUUCUGCCCGUUGCAGUCUACACUCUCACCAUUAGAUGGCACUACUUCUUACACACUGGAUCUUGUAAUAUAAACGAUAGCAGCAAACGUGACAAAGCUAAGACCCAAGUUUACUAAUAUGUAACAUACAGUAAUAAACAGGGAUUUUUUUUAUUUUCCUUUAAUCUAUUAGUACUUUUUUACUGUGGCGUGGGCAGGACAUUUUAUAAUCCACUGUCCCUCCCUCGCUUUAUGGAGGAAAAUUGAAGAUGUUUUUGAUUAGCAUGUUAGCCCUGGAGGCUGUGGUGUCUCUCUGCAGGUCCAAACACAGACCGAAUGUAAAAACGUGUACGCAGUCUUUGAAGCCGUUUUUUUUUCUUCAUUAAUUUAAAACUAGACGACGUCUCCUGCUCCUAUUGGACGUUACUCAAUGUCAAUCACAAUCAUGUGUCGCACUUUAUCUAAACAGUGUUUACUGAACAUUUUAACAAUUGGCAGAGUCGCCCCCUGGUGGCUGUUCAGUAAAUUGUUACGCUGGGAAGACGGAAGAGAAGCACAAUUGAUCGCAAAAAUAAUCAAAAUCAGAAUAAACAAGUGUAUUAUCCCAAUCGAACAUUUAUUUUAUCUGUCCAAUAUCUGAUAAAAUGAUUUUUACUAGUAUCGGACCGAUACGAUACCAAAUCGUAAGACACAGCGAUUAUUUGAUAACGAUAAAAAAAAACCUGCAGUGAUGCAGGAAUUCACUGGCCCCAAAUUCUUUGAUCUCUAAAGUUUUUUUUUUUUGUCUUGAAAAGUGACGCAGGGUGCACAGUGUGUGGAGCUAACGAGAUGCGUUCAACGACCCCGGUAAAUGUCAUCACUUUUUACAGGAUCUAUAAGCAGGGGUCUCACACUCAAAAUUACCUGGGGGGGGCCCCAUAAAGCUUCUUGUCUGGUUGAUCAAGAAAAAUAUUUGAUUCUUUUUUACUAUAAAACGAUUAGUCACAGAAACUGUUCGACGUUUUUAUAAUCAAGUGAUGAUGUCGUUAUUAUUUUUAUUCAUUUAUUUUGCACUAAAGUGACAGUUGAGAUAGAAAAAGGAUGUAAAAAAGAAAUUCUGAUGAUAUUUUUCCAUGUCGUGCACUAACGGAAGCUACGCCCACAUUUUACACUCGCUCUGUGGUCGGACGACAGGAAACGACAGACGUGAAUGUGAUUUUACUUCUGAGGCUCGGUGUGACUGCUGGUUUGUAAACACGCGGCGUGCGUGAGUGCUGAGUCGGCACUUUUUCUGACUGUUUAACUGAUGUGAUGUAAGAUACAAUUCAUAUUUAUAAAACGAAUAAAGAUUUACUUACCUUUAUAUUUAUUUACACUUAUUUAUUGACAUUUUUAUAGCAGCUGACGUGUGUGUGUGUGUGUGUGUGUGUGCGCGCAUGUGUGAGAGACAAACACUGAUAUCUUUAAUUUUCAGGGAUUUGAAGGGUCCUCGUCAUGUGAACUAUUUUAUUUUGCACUUCAGUUAUUUAUGGGAGCGCUUUGCAGUAAAACACCAGGCUUUUAUUACAUUUAAAAUCUGUGCUACUGGUGCUUUUAUUGUUGCUUCUGGCUCAACAAACGUAGUUUCCCCUUCACUUGUAUUAUUUCCUCUUGUACAGAUCAUUCCACACACACUGUGUGUGUGUGUGUGUUUGAGUGAUGAAUAACCUUUUUUUUUUUUUUUUAACCCCAUCAUUUUGUCUCAUGUUAAACAGCGGUUCUCACUUUAUUUCAGUGUUUUGUUCUUCGAUACAUGUAGAAACUCUGCGUGAAGUAAUCUGGUAAUAAAUAAAGACAAAUAUGGUUGUGCCCA